UGGCGGGGGGGGGGGGCGGGGAGUGGGGUGGGGGUAUUUAAACUCUGCGUUCUCCGCUCAGUCCCCCCAAGUCUCAGCGAUCGUGGGUUGCCAAGCGAUACGAAUUCUCGCGAUGGGUCACCGCAGGGGCAGGCCUCUGUCCUCGGCAGUGGUGGUGGUGCUGGUGCUUUUCGGUGCACUUGGAGGGGGCUGGGCUGACACCCCGGUCAAUUGUUCGUACGCAGACCUCCUGGGAACCUGGGUUCUCCAGGUGGGGAAGGGAGGACAGAACAGCAGCAUCGACUGCUCCAGCAUGGGCCCCCCGGUGCAGUCUGUGACCGUGCACCUGCAGAAGUUUGACCUCGCCUCGGACGAACUGGGACGCCCAGGCUUUUUCACCAUCGUCUACAACCAGGGCUUCGAGAUCGAGCUCAACAACUACAAGUGGUUCGCGUUCUUCAAGUAUGAGCAGGCCGGGGGUAAGGUGAUCAGUUACUGCGAUCAGACGUUCCCGGGCUGGGUGCACGACAGCCUGGGCCACAACUGGGCCUGCUUCCAGGGCAAGCGCGUUUCUUCUGGGCCCAGUGUCCCCAGGUCGACGCCGCUGGACGCCGCCACCUACAAAAGCGAGCCACAGAAGCUGUACGAGUACAACCCGGCGUUCGUCCAUGCCAUAAACUCGGCGCAGUCUUCGUGGAGGGCGGGGCGCUACCUGGACAUGGAGAGGCGAACCAUGGAAGAGAUUGUGCGGCGCUCGGGUGGAACUGGCUCGAUCAUUCCUAACCGGCCCCGGGCAGCUGCUGCGAGCGACGAGACGAGGAGGCGAGCGGCCGUGCUGCCCGCGGCGUGGGACUGGAGGGACGUGCGUGGAGUCAGCUACGUCUCGCCAGUGCGCGACCAAGGCGCCUGUGGAAGCUGCUACUCCUUCGCCUCCAUGGCCAUGCUGGAGGCUCGCGUUCGCAUCCUCAGCAACAACACGCAGCAGCCCGUGUUCAGCCCCCAGCACAUCGUCUCGUGCAGCCCCUACUCGCAAGGCUGCGACGGCGGGUUCCCGUACCUGAUCGCGGGCAAGUUCGCGCAAGACUUCGGCGUCAUCGAGGAAAGCUGCUACCCGUACAUCGGCCAGGACAGCAAGUGCCUCCCCAAGGACCCUAGCUGCCUGCGCUACUACACCGCUCGCUACCACUACGUGGGCGGGUUCUACGGCGCCUGCAGCGAGGAGCUCAUGCGUCUCGAGCUGGUGGAGAACGGGCCCCUGGCCAUCGGCUUCCAGGUGUACGACGACUUCAUGGCCUACCAGGGCGGCAUCUACCACCACACGGGCCUGCGCGAUCAGUUCAACCCCUUCGAGGAGACCAACCACGCCGUGCUGCUGGUGGGCUACGGCACGGACGCGGCGGCCCCGGAGGGCACCGGCGAGCCCUUCUGGAUCGUCAAGAACAGCUGGGGCGAGGGCUGGGGAGAGGGAGGCUACUUCAGGAUCCGCCGUGGCAAUGACGAGUGCGCCUUCGAGAGCAUCGCCAUGGCAGCCACUCCCAUCCCCAAGAUUUGAUCUUUUUAUUUAGGUUCUGUUUUGUUGUUGUUGUUGUUUUCUAUGAUUACGUUACAAUUGUGAUGUUUUUGGGUUUGUGUCAUAUAAUCAUCAGCUUUUUCUUGGGUUGCCACCUGUUUUUUUUUCUUCCAAGAUAGUUCUCUUUUUGGGUUUAGCUGUCCUGGAAAAUCAGUAAGUCUUCCCGGGAAAAAGUCUUGCUUUUAUCAAAUGUGUAAUACACCAAUACAGUCACGGCCACAUUAACUCAGUUUAACACAUAGGCUUCCGCGACCAACUCUGGCUGUCGCCUGAUGAUGCUCGUUGCAAUUACUGGCGAAACGUCGGACUAUAAUUGUUAAUGUUGUGGGUUUACUCUCCAACACACCGGUCCGCUGAACUAGUAACGAAUUGUCAUAUUUUGUUUACGUGACAAACUUUACUAAUUGGCAGUAUCGGGUGGUGGCGGGUUUCACGAUACAUUUAUAAUUACGCGAUUUAACCGAAACACCUCUUACGGAUUAACCCAUAGCCAAAUAAUGCCUUAGGCCCUCAUAUGUUUGUAGGCCCUCCUUCCAUGUUGAAGUAACAGCUGAACGAAGGUAGCAGCGCUAUCGGAAUUUCUGUCUUUGAAUUACGAUGACAUCAUUCAUCCAUGACUGCUUGACAGCCAAAGUUAGAAGGAAAAAAAUACACUUGAAGAAAUGGAGUGAAGUGAGUUAUUUAUGUUUGAAGAAAUUACCUUGAUUCGAAUACAUGUAUGAAUUUUACAUAGGUGAAUGUUUGAUGACUUCUUGACAAUGUUUUGAAAUCCACGUAGGCCCGUCUCUCCUAUUAGUCUUAGGCCCAUCAAUCUUAAUCUGACCCUGAAUGCAAUACAUUCACAUUCCGUUUUCACCUGUUCUAAUAUUGUAAGAUAUUCUUAUCAUAUUUCACAGGUGUUUGAGCCGUCGGAUGGGGGCCAUGUCAUCAUCGUUACCAUGUUAUGAAAUGGAGAAAUGAUCUUGUGGAGCUUGAAACGUGAAAAGUGUAAAAUCACGACGUGUUGAUGAACGAAGCCUGAACAAAUAACAUCGCAUUACUGCAGAAUUAUUUUACUUGGCUUCUUUAUCCACCCAGUGCCUUUAUAGUUCCCUGUUCAGAGUGUUCACCGCUUGGGAGAAACCCUCAUGAGCUAGAAACAAAAAUGUUAAGUAAAAAGAAGCCCUUUAGUAUUAUGGUCGUGUUACUGACAUUGGUAAAUCAAUCAGCUGUCACUGAGGAGUACCCAGGAAAAUCAUGGGUGGCUUAAAACCAGAAUUGAACCCAGAAACUGAACAUUCCCAGCUGAGUGUUCUAACAUCCAUUAGCUCUGUGGACAACCCAGUCAACUCAAAUUCAUUGUCAUAAUGAACAAUUUCAAGUUUUUCAUUUAUUGUGUGGACAAAAGCAUCCCACUUUGUUGGCACCAUUGUCUAAAAUGCCUUACAGAUGUCAAUCUUACUUCCACGAUGUUAUCAUCAUCCUUGAGAAUGUUAUUAAUUUUCUGUCCACUACUGGGAGCAGGCAAUGCUCCUCCGGAGUGAUUGUCAUCUGUUUUGUGCACGUGAUUUGCGACGAAGAAAUUACGUUAAUAUUGAUGUUUUCUUUAUUGAACUAUGACCUAUGAUAACCACUGUGAAGAGUUUUUUUUCAUUUUGUGCAAUGAAAAACAUCCAUAAAGUGUGUCACUUGGCACGAAUCAUCACA